AUGGCGCUUAAGAGUCAAAAGGCGAGACAGAAAAUUCACUUCAUGCGCUUUGGUUCCUGGGCAAUCAUACUGCACCAAUUGCUUGUGGCCAAAUCAAGCGGAGCGCUGCGAACACCGAAGAGGAACAUUGAGGAGAAACCACACGAGGCCAAUAUGCCGGCGAAGAAACGCGGAGUUUUGGGUGAACUGGACAGCAUUAUAGCCAGUAUGGAGCGGAACGUAUGCUGCCAGAGAGAAACAUUCGAGGCUGAAAAGGAACAGUUACGCAAGAUCAAGGCGCACCGUCAGUAA